UCUCAUACUGUCGCUGUUAUGUGCCAAUAGAAAUAAUUUCAGUUUGAUUAAGAAAUUGACAGAAUAAUACAUGAUCGUUUCAACUUCAAAAUUUUACAAAAACAUCAAGUGCAUAUUCUGCCUUUAAUUUUAUUACUUACGUAAUUAGAUUUCCGAACAAGGUUGCCUGUUUUUAUACUGACUGUUGCCGUGAUCCAGAAAAAAAAAAUGAAGUCGAUAUUCAAAGUAUUAAUUGGUUUGGUUGUCGUAGUGGUUGCAGCAUCGGAAAACGAUGUCAGUGGACCCUCGGGCAGGGCGACAUCCUGCAUUUUAACGGGAAAUUCUUUAGAUCAACUUAACGAAAUUAAAUCCUCAUGCAAGAACAUCGUCGUGCAAAACCUCCGCGUCCCAGCUGGUAAAUCUUUAGAUUUAACAGGAAUAUCGGAUACAUCGAUUACAUUUAAAGGAAACAUUUCGUUCGGAUACGCAGAAUGGAAGGGACCGUUGGUUUUGAUUAGUGGCAGUAAUGUAAAUGUAACUGGUGAAAAUGGACACGUUUUCGAUGGUCAGGGUGCUAGAUGGUGGGACAAUCUCGGCUCUAACGGCGGUGUUCAGAAACCGAGAUUAUUCAAACUCCGAUAUUUGUACCAGGGAGUUGUGAACCAUUUAAAUUUUCUUAACUCACCACGCCAUUGUUUAGCCAUCCACAACUGCACAAAUAUAACCGUAAAUGGUGUAGUUAUGAAUAAUAAAGACGGAGAUACCCAAGGAGGUCACAACACCGACGCAGUUAACGUGAAAGGUUCCGAAAACGUAUUCAUUAAGAACACUACUGUAUACAAUCAGGACGAUUGUUUGGCCGUUAGAUCCGGAAAAAACAUUCAUUUUGAACAGGCUUUCUGUUCUGGUGGUCAUGGGAUGUCGAUUGGAUCGGUCGGCAACAGGACAAAUAAUGUUGUUGAAGACGUUCACAUCACCGAUUCUGUCGUAGUGGAUUCAGACAACGGAAUUCGAAUAAAAACGGUGUAUAAUGCUACCGGAUUAGUUUCCGGUGUUACUUAUAACAACAUUACCAUGAGAAAUAUAAGCAAGUUUGGAAUCUUGAUGCGAGGCGAUUAUUUGAACCAGCCGCGUCCGACCGGUAAUCCUAGCAAUGGCAUUCCAAUCCGUAACGUCACCGUAACAAACGUACGUGGCACGGUUCAAACAAAAGGUACCAAUGUUUACAUUCUGCUUGGCCAGGGUGUUGCNUCAAUG